CAACGUUACAGACUUACACUACAUUACCUCACACCACAGUGUCCAUCAUGACGCCACGUUGCUGUCCGCCAUUGAGAGAUGCACGCGAGACAUAAAUCAUGAUAGAUGCAGCAUCCAGGAGUCGCGACGCGCGACUUCAUUUGCGGAUAGCCAUGUCGACAGCCGGGGGAUCCUGAGUCGGAAUUUGGUGGGCAUACCACCCGCCAGGCACAUCUGCCUGUUUAAUUUCCUAUUUGUGUAUUCGUGUCCGGUUGCUGGCACUUCCUAGAUCCUGAUUUCUAGGUACAUUUACCUCUCCUACAACUUCACAUUUGGCGCGAGACUGGCCGAGAGGGAGGCCACUCACACAUCAACAUGGCCUACCACUUCCUCAAUGCCCUGUCGAUUGUGGCCGCAUUCUUGGCCCAGAGCAGCUAUGGAGAAGACGUCGAUAUCCUAUCUCUGGUCGAUCCUUUGAUUGGUACCUCGAAUGGUGGCCAUGUCUUUCCUGGAGCGACACUGCCCUUCGCAAUGGCAAAGGCUGGAGCGGAUGUGAACGCGGAGAAUCAAGGUGGCUUCAGUACGGACUCCAUGUCAGGAAAGAUCAUCGGCUUUUCUCAUAUGCACGAUUCUGGGACUGGUGGCAGCCCAUCUCUAGGUAACUUUCCGCUAUUUCCAUACGCUGGCUGCCCGGACGACGACAUCAAUCAGUGCGCGUUCCCCAGCAAGCUGCGAGCGACAUCUCGCAUCGAUGGUACCGUCGAGGCACAUCCGGGCUACUUCGCAGUUUCAAUGAAGACGAAUAUACAUACUGAGAUGACGACGACGAAUCAUACUGCUUUGUAUCGCUUCAACUUUCCAGAACAGCCCACAGAAAGGAAUGCUACCCUCAGCCCACUGAUCCUCGUGGAUCUGAUUGAUCUGCCUAGAUCAAGGAUUAAUGGAUCCAUUACUGUGGACGCAGGCACGGGACGGAUAUACGGAAGUGGUGUCUUCGAGCCGAGCUUUGGCAUUAAUCACUACGAGUUGCAUUUCUGUGCCGAUUUCUCUGGGGCCCGAAUCCGUGAUACUGGCGUGUUCAUGAAUAAUCGCGCUGGAAGCGAGCCUAAACACCUCAGCGUGGUAAAGGACAACAUCAACACGGGAGCCGACGUCCUGCCCGCUGGAGCGUGGACCAGAUUCGAGGCGCCUGACAACGAUGGCCAAAUUCUGGCGAGAGUUGGGGUGAGCUUCAUCAGUCCUCAACAAGCCUGCAACAAUGCCGAGGCCGAGAUCCCGACCUUUGACUUCAAUGGCACACAUGCCGCCGCACAAGCUGCUUGGAGAGAUACUCUAGGUGUUGUCGAGGUCAAGCCCGGUGGCGUCAACGAGAGCUUGCAGAGAACCUUCUGGUCAGGAUUGUAUCGAGCUUCCAUUUCACCCCAAGACUACACCAAUGAGAACCCUCUGUGGCGCAGCUCCGAGCCGUACUACGACUCGUACUACUGCAUUUGGGAUUCCUUUCGCAGCAUCCAUACUCUGAUCACGAUCAUGGACCCAUACAGCCAGAUCCAGAUGACGAGAAGCUUGAUCGACAUUUAUCGACAUGAAGGCUGGCUUCCGGAUUGUCGAAUGUCACUGUGCAAGGGAUUCACUCAAGGUGGCUCCAAUGCGGAUUUGGUGGUAGCGGAAACAUACUUCAAACUGGGAAAGCUCGCUGCAGAGCUCGGCGUAGACUGGGAGACGGCGUACGAAGCUGUGCGCAAGGACGCCGAAGAAGAACCCCUGAACUGGGCCGUCGAAGGUCGUGGAGGCUUGCUGAGCUGGAAAACCCUCCACUACAUUCCUACCGAUGAUUUCGAUCCCUAUGGCGUGGGGCCCUUUACACGAAGCAUCAGCAGGACGGUCGAGUAUGCGUACAACGACUACGCCAUUGCGGAAAUGGCGCGUGCGAUGGGCAACAUCGGCGACUAUGAGAAGUACAUUGCCACGUCCGAAUACUGGAAGAAUAUGUGGAAGGCCGAUCAAGACAGUAGUAUCAAACAAAAAGACACCGGUUUCAAGGGAUUUUUGAUGCCCCGAUACUCGAAUGGCACCUUUGGAUUCCAAGAUCCGACCUAUUGCUCGCCACUCAAUAACUUCACGAGCUGCUACCUCAAUCCCAAAGGCAGCGAGACCUACGAAGGCAGUUCGUGGCUGUACUCAUUCUUUGUGCCGCACGACCAAGCCUCUCUCAUCCAACUCAUGGGCGGCCCUCAAGCAUUUGUCGACCGUCUGGACUAUCUGCACGAGUAUCCCCGACUGUUCUACCUCGGCGACGAACAAGCCUUCCUUCCCGUGUAUCAAUAUCAUUACGCCGGGCGACCCGGUAAGAGCGCAGAGAGAGCACACUCCUACAUCCCAUCGCAAUUUGACGACACGUUUGGCGGAAUUCCCGGCAACGACGAUAGCGGAGCCAUGGGCAGUUUCGCCGCACUGUCCAUGGUGGGCAUAUUUCCCAACGCGGGCCAAGACGUCUACUUCAUCACGCCGCCCUUUUUCGAGGAAGUGAGCAUCACCAACAAACUCACGGGAAAAACCGCAACAAUUCGAAACAUCAACUUCGAUCCCGAAUACCAAAACAUUUACAUCCAAAGUGCGACCCUCAACGGCAUCCCCUACACCAAGAACUGGUUCUCGCAUUUGUUCUUUCUCGAAGGCGGAGUCUUGGAACUCACUCUGGGCCGGAAUGAAAGUUCGUGGGGCACGAGACCCGAAGACGUUCCGCCCAGUGUGUCCACUUCCAGUGGAUAUGCCUCGCCGGACUUUGAAUUCUUUAUAUAAAAAAUUAUCAAUGGGUGAGACGAAAAAUAAAGUCAUCAUGAGGGAUCGGAUCCUCUUGAGUAGUCAGUAGCUACUGUACUGUACAUAGCUAGCAAUAUAUAAAAACUAGAUCUCC